AUGGAUCACGCCAAGUUGGCUAAGAUGCAGCAGAGCGUGCGGAUUGGUACAGGCAAGGGCACUCCCCGCCGCAAGGUCAAGAAGGUCCACAGGACCGCCGAUGCCGACGACAAGAAGCUCCAGACCACCCUCAAGAAGCUGAACGUCCAGCCCAUCCAGGGUAUUGAGGAGGUCAACAUGUUCAAGGAGGACGGCAACGUCAUCCACUUCGGUGCUCCCCGCGUCCACGCCUCCGUCCCCUCCAACACCUUCGCCCUCUACGGCCACGGCGAGGAGAAGGAACUCACCGAGCUCGUCCCCGGCAUCCUCAACCAGCUGGGCCCCGACAGCCUCGCCUCCCUCCGCAAGCUCGCCGAGUCCUACCAGAACAUGCAGAAGGCCCAGGGUGACAAGAAGGAUGACGAUGAGGAUGAUAUCCCCGAUCUCGUGGAGGGUGAGAACUUCGAGAGCAAGGUCGAGUAA